UUUGAGGAUUGAGAGAGGACGUGGCAUAAACCUGUCAUGUUAAUAUUGAGUUUAUUUUUACUGCAAGCUUUAUCAAGUCUGGACUGCUAUGAUCCAGAUUCGGACGGCGCUAUGAAAGUCGGAUUACAUUCAUACGGGAAAGGAUUUAAUCCCACAAGGAAGCUUUUAUCAAUUAACUUUAUAUCACAAGAAAAGGAUUCUAACAUGAAAGCGCUUGAAGAUCCAGAAGUGUUACAAGUACUAAAAGAAGCACAGCUAGCAAGGCAAAAACCAAAUUCAGAACAACAGGUCAUUAAAGACCUUAUUAGAAAAGCAAACCGUAUACUGGAAAACAUGGGAACACAGAUAUUAACUGAUCUCAACAUAAAGAAGAACAUAACAUCAAUACUUGAAGUAGUUACAGACGACUUGGCAAUGAUGAUGCAAAAAUAUUAUGACGUCAUAAACUCAGACCGAAUUAACUCGAUUGACGACAAAUACUCUAUAUACGUAGAUUUAGUUGACACAUCAGGACGAUUGCUUUACAGUGAAGGAAGGGCGAUGGUAGAAGAAAUAAUAUCUGAUAAGAAUAUGACCAGCCAAAACAAAAGCAUCGAACUAUUGAACGAAAAGAUUUUCAAAAUGAGUGUUGAAGGAAAAAAAGAGGGGAUGAAACAUGUUUGCGAAGUAUAUAACAUUUGUAAAGAGUGUCCUAUGUUUACCGAUUAUGCAGCAAAUCUGUUGAGUGAAAUCAUUAAACUUUCCGAUGAUAAAUUUCGCAAAUUUGUUGACAUAUUAGUCAGUAUAUCCAAAAAUUGUGAAGAUUUCUUUGCUAGUGUCAUAGAAAAAGAAGACAGAGAAUUCAUAAUUAAUGAACUUCAACCAUUAUUGAAGGAUUCAGUCGCACUAAGAGUUUAUUUCGUUACUGCCAGAGAUGUUAUGGAGCAAAACUUUAAUGGUGAUUUAAAAGCUGAAGAAGAAAAACUAAACAUUAAGGCUAAAGCUAUUCGGAUACUUCUAGAAAUAAUAAACAAAGCUUUAAGUAGUGAAGAAGAUCUUCUUACUAUCGAUUUAGAGCUUUCACUAUCUGCUCUAAAAGAUAUGAAUGAUGAAGAAGACAAAGUAAUUAGCCGUAUUUGGGAAGUUUUUUUGAAGAAGAUUAUAAAAAUAUUAAAUCAUAAUUUGAGUAGAACUGCUCGGACGGAAAUGAGUGUUUUAAUCAAGGCUAUAACGAGGGAAGUUGCUGAUGAUGAUAAUUUGGUUAUAGAUGUACUUAUGAGAGGAUCUAGGUACGUAGAAGACGAACAGUUGCCUCUAGACAUGGGCGUUUUUGUGUAAACCAAAUAUACUCGUAAAACAAGACAAAGUAUUUUUUUUAU